CAGAAUCCGAAUAGCGGCUCCUAGAGCCAAACCACAUUUUACACAUUAAGGAACUGUUUCUGGUAAAGUGUCGCUGAUACUAAGACAGGAUAAAUAAUAUCGUGCCCUCCUGGUCACUGUUUUCAAACUGAAGAAGUUUAAAUGAUACUCCAAGAAAGCAAACCAGAGAGAUAUCAUUUCCUUUUCCUAUUUUAAAUAGUGUUUAUAUGAGAACGCUCUUUCUUCUUUGAAAUAAGACACAAUUCCGAUUAAAUCGACGGAGAACUCACUUGACAUGCACUUCACGGACCUCCACGGACUACUACGGUAACAUAAGCCUGGCCUGUGGAGAGCAAACCCACCCAGCGAUCCACCCACCCACACAGUGUGAAAUCCACACCCCCUCAAGGAGAGCGGUGAGGUCACAGAAGACAAAAGCACCAUUGUGCCAUCAGAGGGAUGGAGGACAGGAGGCACCUGCCACCAGAUGGAGGUGGCAAAGCCAAACGCUCCACCUCAGCUGAGUGCAACACAGAGGACAGAGGAGUCAGGAAGGAGCAUGGAGACCCUGAGACCUCCGCUCAAAUGCGUGUAAGAAAAGACGAUCUCUGCGAUGUUCCUCGCAAGGUUCCUCGCUUCCAGUAUGUGGAUUUCCCUUCCCUGCACCAGUGCAUCCAACAACUUUCUGUGCCUCCACUGAACGGCUGGCUCGGAUCUUGCUCGCUGGCAAAGACACCAAACUACAGGCCCGCUAGUCCGAAGGAAAAGGUGCCCAAGUUUAAAUACGUGGACUACCCAUCUCUCCACCACUGCAUUCAGCAGCUGUCUGUGCCUCCAUUAGAAAGCUGGAGUGCAGGGCUGGUCAGGUUUAAUGCAGAGGGGAAACAGGAUGGCUCUGGGUCGCAGAAGAGACCCUCUCAACCUGGCACUGUGAAGAAUAACAUAAGCAAUGAGGCAGGAGAUCAAAACAACGAGGACAGGAGUAGAGUUAUAUCAUUUUCUUUCCCAAGAGACACACGCAACUCUGUCUCAGGCAAGGAGGAGAGGCCUCAACACGACUACACCUCAGAGGUCCCACAAAGGUCAGAGAAAGGUAACACACCUCUAAGGUCCCGUGCUGCUAAACCAGAUGCUGCUUUGCAAUCGGAUUUCAGAUCAAGAGCAGAAUCUGGUUCUGGAUCUCGUAGUGACGCAGCAGUGGUGAGAAACGCCAGACCCUCGGUUAUUAACAUGGUGCACACGGAUAGGCAGAAGCACUGGACAACGGCAGAUCACCUGGAAGAACAAUUGAACUCUCCAGAUUCAGUCGGACGGGUAACAUGGAAAACCAUCCCGGAGUCAGUCUGCCCAUUCUGCCAACAGAUGUUCACCAACCCCGAGCAGUUCAGGGCUCAUCAGCGGAGCCAUAGAGAUAAGAGACCAAACUGAUGUACAGACAUACUGAGUGAGAACUGCUUUUGGCAAACGGUUAAUGCCACAUCAUAUGGAAUCGUAUCAUCAGAGGCCUUCUUGUGUUGUGACUGGCUAUAAUGGCAUUGCUGGCAGGACUAUAGGGAGAUCGAAGACACAUUAAGCACAUUAGACAGUUUGGGUUCAGACCUUAGGGAGAAUGCAAGACUUGUCUUGACUGAUGUUGUGAAGCCUAAAAGGGCAGAACUGGACAGACAGAAACACACAAGCAUACAAUAUUCAUGCACGUACAGUGCACUUGUGAGAGUUCCAACACGCACAGAGCAUCCAAUUCAUGAUUCAGGAGAGGUCAAUAUUUACUGCCCCACAUAAGGACCAUCAGACAUAAUGGGGUUUCAGCUCAAGACAGGGGAUUGGAACCAGAUUUAUAGUCUCUUCCAUACAUAUAUCAGCAUGUUUACAGGGGUGGGUGAAGCUCAAUGGACUGGUGCGUAAGAGGAUGACUUUUUUUUUGUUCCCCACACUGUGUGCAUGGUGGCAGGCUAAAUAUUUAGCUUUGGGUGCCUACAAAAUAAUGGCUAUUGUUAAUGCUGCACAAACAAACAGGCUUGAUAAUAAUGAUUUGUUACAUUAGCUUUUUAUCGUUUUGUACUUUUUAUGUUUUUGGAAAUUAAUGUCUAGUGGCUUUGAGCUAGUAGCUUUAAAUCUUAAAAAAUGUACCGCUUGUUUUCAAGUGUUUAAUUGUGUGAGUAAAAUUUUUUCAUACAGAGA